AUGGCGGAUUUGGCGGUUAUUCUGCCGGUGUUUUUUUUUGCGAACCAAACAUCGACUUUAUAUCUCCAUAUCGGAGCAACUGCCAACACCUCGACAUAUUUUGGCCCGACAUAUAACGGCGGCGCCAAAAGGCUAACAAUUAAUGAUGGAUGUGGAUGUGGAGCCACUGAUUUCAGAACAAAAUCCGGCGGUUGGGAUUCAAAUUUUGAAUUGAGAAUUUUGAUAGCAGGUGGCGGUGGGGGCGCUUACAGUAACGAAGACAGUUAUCAUUCUAGAGGUGGCCGUGGGGGUGGACUUAACGGUGAAACUGAUGCAAGCGGGAAAGCUCCUUAUGGAACACCUAAUGGAUGCGGCGGAACAAUUCGAGAAAAAUGCGGAGAGUUCGGAAAAGGAACGGGAAAUAUAUACGGGGGUGGCGGAGGGGGAAAAUACGGAGGAGGCACAACAAAUAAUGGCAACAAUGGCGGUGGCGGAGGAUCCGGAAGUGUGGAAGGUGUUGGAGAGCUUGGAAAGUAUAAAAAAAUUACAGAUUUCUCUAAACAUACUGGGAAUGGAGCAGCAAGAAUUACUGGCAUACUGCUGAUAGAUAGUCCCUCCGUUUGUGUAUGUAAUUGCAUGCUAUUUGCUCAAUAUCUACAUUUAUUAUUUUCAAUUGUUGUUUCUUAA